AUGUCGGCCAGGCAAGAAUCCAUUCUUGAGGCCUGGCAACGGCCCGUGGACCAAGCGAGAGAGGAUACCGUAGACGAGGACUUUAUGGCCUCAGAAAGCGACUGCGAUCUCGUACAGGAUGUCACGACCGACUGCUCGGUUGUAGCCAGUCUAUGUGCCGCUAUGAAGAUUCUACAAGGCAGCAAACAAUCAUCUGAUCAGAUUCUAGGCUCAAUCAUGUACCCCUACAAUCACCAAAAGGGGCGGCCCAUGAUCUCCAAGAGUGGCAAGUACAUAUUUCGCAUGCACUUUAAUGGCUGCUUCAGACAAGUCGUCGUGGAUGAUCGGCUGCCUGUCUCGCGAAACAAUCGCACCUUGUUCGUUGUCGACCGCAAGAACCCCAAUCUCUUGUGGCCAGCUUUGCUGGAAAAGGCUUAUUUGAAGCUCUUCUUACAGAGCGAAGAUGUAGACGUUGAGGGCGAAUGGGACUCCAUCAAAGAGGCAUACCAUGCUGGGAAUCUGAUCAUGACCCUAGGAACCGGUCGCUUGACCCAAUCGGAAGAAGACGCCUUGGGUCUUGUUGGCGAGCACGACUAUGCCGUGUUGGAGAUCGACAGCUCGCCCGGGGCCCGUCGCUUACUUGUCAAAAACCCGUGGUGUGAUGGCCUCGUCUGGAAAGGCGUUGGUUCAUCUGGAAUCGUUGAGCAAACGGCCGCCGUGUCGUUAUCAGACACAUUGUUCUCGAUCGAGCCAAGGUCUUCCGAGCAUACCAGACCCGUCGGUUCCUUCUGGAUAUCAGUGGAAGACGUUGCGCAGAACUUUGAAUCCAUGUAUCUCAACUGGAAUCCGGAUCUAUUCACACAUAGGCAGGAUCACCACUUCACGUGGCGCGUGCCCACCAAAAACAUGACAUCCUCUCUUGCCCACAACCCGCAAUACUCAGUACUAUCACAUACGGAACAGACCGUAUGGAUUCUGCUGAGUCGGCACUUUGCGGAUGAGGAACUGGAGAUUGCAAAGAACAAAUCAGCUUCCCUGGCUGCGGUAUCGAGACAACUCGGCUUCACGAGCAUAUUCAUCUUCGAGAGCGAAGGCAAAAAGGUUCAGGUGAGGGAGGGCUUUGUCUACCAAGGCCCAUAUGUUGACUCGCCACAAACGCUCGCCAAGUUCAAACUUCGCAACGGCACACCCUACACCAUUGUCAUGGCCCAUCAAGACCUCCCGCUGGACCAAUACUCGUGUACGUUUACUCUCUUCUCAAAGGCACCACUCGAAGUCAAGCCAGCCGAGGAAGCCAUGAGCCACUAUCAAGAGCUGUCGAGUGCUUGGACCAGGAGAACUGCUGGAGGCAAUGCGUCGUCCAUCACCUACUCCCAAAAUCCGCAGUUCAGCAUCUCUGUUGCCCGAGCCACACCCCUCUCCAUACUUCUCUCAUCAGGAGACCGAGAGGUAGCCAUUCACGUCGACCUGGUAUGGGCACACGGAAGAAGAGUGACGUCGAUCGGGGUAAAGGAUGUUGUGGCUAGUUCUGGCGACUACCGGAGAGGCAACGCUCUUGUUCAAGUCCCUCUGGUGGAACCGGGCACGUACACCAUUGUGUGCUCGACGUGGGAGCCGGGGCAGCUUGCCGACUUUGGCAUGCGCGUAGGGUCUCAGGUGGAAUGUCAAAUCAAACCCGUUUUAAGCGACAGAGCCGGCCUUUUACGAACUUUGGCGCCAGCCUUCAUCUUCAGCGAAGGAGAGGAGAAUAGGCGAGCGUUGGUCACGGUAUCGCGAUUGUCUCGGGCCCAAGUCGUGGCGCGGUGCCCGCUGCAGACGGGACGAAGUAGCCAGCCCAUUUCUACCACGGCCGUUCGCGUCUCCCUCGUCUACGGCCGAGGGCCGCAGGAGUCGAUACUCGCCAUGUCAGGCGGCGGCGAAUUCCGGGAACUGACGAUGGCUAUCAGGACCCCCGAGUUCGACCUAGAGCCCGAUCGUCUUCGACAAGACAAACUAUGGCUCAUUGUGGAACGGCUCGGGAGUCAGCAGGGUCGUCAGAGCAUUGAGGUAGAGGUUUUGAGCGACAACCCUGUUCACGUUGGCGGCUGGCAAAUGGCCGAUUCCUAG